GUAGCCAAGAUCGUCCUUGUGCAUAUCCUUCAAUCUGGAAGCUUCUACAAGAUUCAGGAACCACAUAAAGUGGUUUUCCUGCUUCCUCUGGCUCCACUUUGAUUGGGGAAUUAGGGUUGAAAAUCCGCCGUCAGCAACCGAGCCAAACUUUCCUCUGUGCCUCACCAUUAUAUCUGGAAUGUAGUCUCCUCGUGGAGUGUAGCGUAAAGCCAAACCAGCGAUCUUCAUGGAAGCAACACAUUAACCCCUUAGGUGUAUUGCCACGCUUAAAAACUCCUUUCCUCGGAUCAUUGGUGAAAUGUAGCCGGGCAAAAUCAAUUGCUUUUGCUAAUGAAAAUAAUGGCGGAAUCUGAUGAUUCAAACUUUCAGUUGAUAGUGGGAAGAUGGGAGAUACCCCAUUAAUUCACCAGUUAAAAUCGAGGCCCAAGCCCGUUGUCUGGUUAGUGCAGAGCCCAAAACUGAACAGUUGAAACGAAGGCGGGUCAGAAAUGAGAAAGGAGCGAAAAGAAGAAAGAAAAUGGAGAAAGCGUCGAGACUACACGGCGCCGUAUUAAGGCCCAAACUGAACAGUUGAAAAGAAGGCGGGGAAGAAAUGAAUGUUGAAAUAGCAAAGAGAGGAUAUGGAGAAAGCGUUGAGAGUAUACGCCGCCGUAUUGAGGCUGGUGAGGCAUUUGCCGGCGGACACAAGGCCUUACUACGCCAAAUACGUCCGCGAAAACUUCGUAAACUACAGAGAAGUAGACGCCGCAGACACCAAAACCAUCGAGGAGCUCUUCCACAGAGCCUACAACCACUCCAUCUGGGUCCUCAACAAGUAUUCGGUGGAUGAAUCGACGGCGAAGAAGUUGAAGGAGGUAUGUUACAGCUGAUGAGUUGCUUCAUGCGCGCCAGAUGUUUGUCGAAAUGUCACAAAGGAUCAUUGCGCCGAUGUUUCCUCAGUUUCUUCGCGUGAAUAAAUAGUUCUUUUCGUGUUCAAAUGGGUUUGAAUCGGAUUGUGAAAGUAAUUAAUAAUGUAGCUGAACUAGCAGAAGCUUGCUUCACAUGUUCAUGGCUGAACUUUUUAGGUACUUUGAUGGGGUAAUUCGAGUUUGAAGGAUGGAUAAAGAGCGUUGAAGGUAGUGUAGCGUCAUUAUUUUUCAGUCUUAGGAUAAACUAAAGUUUUAUCAAA